AUGUUCACAGCUACCAAGUUUCAGUUGGCUACGUAUCUGCUUGGUGUUUGUCCGUUCUCCAUUGCGUUUCUCGUUUUCCUCAACUCGGCUAUAUCAUUCGUAAUCACAGACCUCAUCGGCAGGGACCAUGGCGUUGGAGAUGCUGUGGGCAGCUUGGGAUUUGCCGACGAGUUGGUCGCACUGGUCGCGUGCCCGGUGUGGGGGGUGCUGUCCGAUUAUAUUGGCUUGCGAUUUGUUUGUGUCUCCGGAUAUCUGAUCAUAUCCCUGGCACUGGCACUAUUCGUUCAGGCCCACAAUGUCUACCCUCAGCUCCUACUGGCAAGACUUCUUUUCAGCCUUGGGGGUGCUGCGGCCUCUACCAUGGUCACGGCUAUUCUUCCAGCCGUUGCUGCCAACACAUCUGAAAAGACUUCCUGCAGGGGCCCGUCAAGCGCGGUUCGGACAGGUGCCGGCAAUGGACAUGUUUCGAGUCCUUCAAUUGCUUCUGAAGUUACAAUUACUCCAGCGACAUUCAUGUCACGGGCCCAGAACACCGAGAUUUCUGCCAAGGACGUGGAAAUUGAUUCGGACGUUUCACAGUCUACAAGUAAGAUUGCCGGAUUCGUCGGAAUGUUUACUGGUUGUGGAGCUCUGAUUGCGUUGACGGUGUUCCUCCCCCUUCCGGCUAGAUUUCAAUAUGCGGGGGUAGGAGAGAAAGACGCCUUGAAGUACAGCUUCUACAUCGUGGCGGCUGUGGCAUUGAUCCUUGCCGUCUGGUGCUUUUUCGGGCUUCGUCGGCUCCAAGAGCAAAGGCAGGACUCGCAGCCAAAAUUCGCGCAGCAUGAAACGGCGUUGUCAGCUACUCUCGGUUACAUGCGUCACAUAUGCGACAAUUUCGUAACGGCACUAUCGAUUGGCUUCAAAAAUUCAAACAUUGCCCUAGGUUAUCUAGGUGGCUUUGUUGCUCGUGCUUCGUCUGUCGGCAUUUCCCUCUUCAUACCACUCUUGGUCAAUGCUAUGUUCAUAUCCUCGGGCCUAUGCGACGGCAAAAGCUCCGACGGAGAUCCGGCGGGACUCCCGGAUAUCAAAAAAAGCUGUCCUCGCGCAUAUGUUGUUGCCGCAGAACUGACAGGAGUGGCGGAAAUGCUGGCAUUGAUCUUUGCUCCCAUUUUCGGAUACUGGACAGCAAAGACUUCCAGAAAGGAAAUCCCUCUUCUUUGCUCGUCAAUUGCUGGAAUAUUUGGCUAUCCGCUGUUUGCCAUCCAGUUCGACCCAGACGACGACAAUGGAGGCCGACGAGUAGCAGCAUUUCUAGCCGUUGCUUUGAUAGGCGUCAGUCAGAUCGGGGCAAUUGUCUGUAGCUUGGGCACGCUGAGCACAGCUAUCCUCCGGAAAGCACCCAAUCAGAGCAUCGCCUCCGAUGCUAUCGCCAGCAACAACGAUCUGGCGACGACAGAAAGCGAACCGCUUCUAGAGCGUUCUCGCCAGCCGCCCAACGACAUUGUGCUGUCCACUCUCAAGGGUUCCGUUGCUGGUGUAUAUUCGUUCUAUGGAGGUGCUGCAAUCCUCAUACUGACCAAAGUAGGCGGCGUUUUAUUCGACAAGGUGUCCUUAGCGGGCCCUUUCUACAUCAUGGCGGCCUUCAACGCCAUCUUGAUGUUCGCUUGUACAGCUUUGUAUAUCACAAACACAAGAUCAGAGAGCCGCGGAGUUAUUAGAGCGCCUGGAAACGCCUCAUGA